UGCUCGAGUGACGGACGGGAGGGCGGUUGGCCUGCAGUCGUCGCAGCCAUGAGCAAAAAGAACCCCGUUUCCUACGUGAAGCCAGCCGAGCCCGCUUUCCUGACCCGCUUCAAGGAGCAAGUCGGCUACCGGGAGGGGCCUACGGUGGACACCAAGAAGGAGCAGCUCCCAGUUCCUGAAGAUGAUGAUGAGAGCGACAAGGAAGAUGAACAGCCCCAAGUGAUUGUAUUGAAAAAGGGAGAUUUGACUGCAGAAGAAGCAACGAAGAUUAAAAGAGAGAUUAAAGACGUUUCCCAGGCCGAGGCCAAAGAUGAUGAACCUGAUCCUGCAGAUGGAAAAAUUGUUUUUAGAAAACCCCUCAAACGUUCAUCAGGAGAGAAGUAUUCUGGUUUGACAGCCAGCUCAAGUAAGAAGAAAAAAGAGACAAAGAGGAAUUCUCCAACCUCCCAAAAUACAACUAAGCAAGUGAAAAAUUGCAGUUUGCUCUCAUUUGAUGAGGAAGAGAGCGAUGAAUAGGCAGAAAGGAAGUGCAACACAAAUCAGGGGAAACGAGAAGCAUUCCAUAAGCUCAUAGCAGUAGACAUAAUGCAUUACAACUCCUGCUAAAGUUCCAACGGAUUAACCAAACCCAGUGCCGGUACUACUGAAAGUGCUCACAUACUAUUGCUUCUCCAACACUAAGAUGGUGGUAUGAGCAAGAGUGUAUCCUUGCAGAACAAGAAGAGCUCUGAUCCUUACAAUACAUUAAUAUCUGGAAAGGCCCCCCAAAGAAUGUGGUACUUCAAAUAAAAAUUUCUCCUAUUGAGUUCUUGGCAAUGGAUGUAAACAAAGACAGUAACAGAUUGAAUGAGAUUUGAAAAGUCAGUUUAAAACAUGUCUCUUGUUUUCUAUGCAGUGGGUUUACAAAGGAUCUUAUAUGAUGAGUGCUGAAAAUUUUCACUUUUAUACAAUGGAUAACCAAACAGCUUCUUGGGAUCCCUUUUACAUUGUCUGUUCCUCGUAAAUGUUAGCCAGCGAGCCACUCUCAGUGUAAAUAAAUGGGAAAGGAAUCUGUUUUGCUUUUAUGCUUUCUGAUGAAAUCAAAGCCCAGGCUCUGCUGCCAAUAUUCUCAUGCUUUCUUCCCUGACAUGCCAUUGCCAACUGCCUACAAUGAAAAGCUUAAACUAGUCAUAAUCAUGCCAAUUUUAUAUUGU